AUGUCGUUUUGGAUAAAGUUUUUUAGGAAAGCUGGUAUACCCGCUGGCGAUGCUGCUAACUAUGCAGUGACAUUCACAGAUAAUAGGAUUACACGAGCUAUGUUGUUAGAUCUCACUAAAGAAUAUCUCAAUGAUAUGGGCAUAUCUAUACUGGGUGAUGUCAUUGCUAUAUUGAAAUAUGCCAAAACUGCUCACAGUCAGGAUGCAAGAGAUAGGGCAUUAAGAGAUACUACUAUAGCUGAGGUUAUUACUCCAAAACGGUCAACUCCUGCCAGUCGUACUAUAGGGCAUUAUUUAGGAAGUGCAGAUAGAAGUGCCUCUCCAUCCCUCACUCCAUCUCCUAAAAUCUCACGAGAACUCUCAGCCAGACUUGGAUCACCUACCUCAGAAUCCCUGCCAGCACCCUCAACAAUAAAAAUUACAACUCGAAAUAUUCCUAAGGAGGUAGUGCCUGUACCGAAGAAGAACCGUCGUGUGUUCCCAGAAGAUGAAGGUCAUUAUACUAUUAAUCUACCUCAAGGCACUGCCACUAAAACAAAGAAAAUACUGGCACAACAGAGACAGCAAGCCGAGUUACAAAGAAUAAGGGCAGAGGAAGAAAAAAAGAGGGUCAGUAGUAAACAGAAUU